CAUGGCUCAGCAUGCACCCCCCCACUCCUGGUUCACAGGAAGAAGGCCUGAAUGACGUGCAGGAGAUGAUCAAAACGGAGAAGUCCUACCCCGAGCGGCGGCUGCGGGGCGUGCUGGAGGAGCUCAGCUGUGGCUGCCACCGCUUCUUCUCCCUCGCUGACAAGGACCAGGGCCACUCGUCCCGCACCAGGCUCGACCGGGAGCGCCUCAAGUCCUGUAUGCGGGAGCUGGAGAGCAUGGGGCAGCAGGCGAAGACCCUGCGGGCACAGGUGAAGCGGCACACGGUGCGGGACAAGCUGCGGCUGUGCCAGAACUUCCUGCAGAAGCUACGCUUCCUGGCGGAUGAGCCCCAGCACAGCAUCCCCGACGUCUUCAUCUGGAUGAUGAGCAACAACAAGCGCGUCGCCUAUGCGCGGGUGCCCUCCAAGGACCUACUCUUCUCCAUCGUUGAGGAGGAGCUGGGCAAGGACUGUGCCAAGGUCAAGACGCUCUUCCUCAAGCUGCCUGGGAAGCGGGGCUUCGGCUCGGCUGGCUGGACGGUGCAGGCCAAGCUGGAGCUCUACCUGUGGCUGGGCCUCAGCAAGCAGCGCAAGGACUUCCUGUGUGGCCUGCCCUGCGGCUUCGAGGAGGUCAAGGCGGCCCAGGGCCUGGGCCUGCACUCCUUCCCCCCCAUCAGCCUGGUCUACACUAAGAAGCAGGCGUUCCAGCUCCGUGCCCACAUGUACCAGGCUCGCAGCCUCUUUGCCGCCGACAGCAGCGGCCUCUCAGACCCCUUUGCCCGUGUCUUCUUCAUCAACCAGAGUCAGUGCACAGAGGUGCUGAAUGAGACCCUAUGCCCCACCUGGGACCAGAUGCUGGUGUUCGACAACCUGGAGCUGUAUGGUGAAGCUCAUGAGUUGCGGAACGAUCCUCCCAUCAUUGUCAUUGAAAUCUACGACCAGGACAGCAUGGGCAAAGCUGACUUCAUGGGCCGGACCUUUGCCAAGCCCCUGGUGAAGAUGGCCGAUGAGGCGUACUGCCCACCCCGCUUCCCGCCCCAGCUGGAGUAUUACCAGAUCUACCGUGGCAAUGCCACGGCUGGAGACCUGCUGGCUGCCUUCGAGCUGCUGCAGAUUGGGCCGGCAGGGAAGGCCGACCUGCCACCCAUCAAUGGCCCGGUGGACGUGGACAGAGGUCCCAUCAUGCCCGUGCCCGUGGGCAUCCGGCCUGUGCUCAGCAAGUACCGAGUCGAGGUGCUGUUCUGGGGCCUGCGGGAUCUGAAGCGGGUGAACCUAGCCCAGGUGGACCGGCCGCGGGUGGACAUCGAGUGUGCAGGGAAAGGGGUGCAGUCCUCCCUGAUCCACAAUUACAAGAAGAACCCCAACUUCAACACUCUUGUCAAGUGGUUUGAAGUGGACCUCCCAGAGAAUGAGCUGCUCCACCCGCCCUUGAACAUCCGCGUGGUGGACUGCCGGGCCUUUGGCCGCUACACCCUGGUGGGCUCCCACGCCGUCAGCUCCCUGCGGCGCUUCAUCUACCGGCCCCCAGACCGCUUGGCCCCCAACUGGAACACCACGGUUAGGCUCCUCCGGGGCUGCCGUGUGCUGUGCAAUGGGGGCCCCUCCUCUCACCCCGCAGGGGAGGUCGUGGUGAACAUGGAGCCGGAGGUGCCUGUCAGGAAGCUGGAGACCAUGGUGAAGCUGGAGGCGACUUCUGAUGCUGUUGUUAAGGUGGAUGUGGCUGAUGAGGAGAAGGAGAAGAAGAAGAAGAAGAAGAAGAAGGGCAGCUCGGAAGAGCCAGAGGAGGAGGAGCCGGAUGAGAGCAUGCUCGACUGGUGGUCCAAGUAUUUUGCCUCCAUUGACACCAUGAAGGAGCAACUUCGACAGCAAGAGGACUCGGGAAUUGAUUUGGAGGAGAAGGAGGAGAUGGACAACACUGAGGGCCUGAAGGGGCUGAUGAAGGGCAAAGAGAAGGCAAAGGCAGCCAAGGAGGAGAAGAAGAAGAGAACCCAGAACCCAGGCCCCGGCCAGGGGUCUGAGGCCCCUGAGAAGAAGAAACCCAAGAUUGAUGAGCUCAAGGUGUACCCCAAGGAGCUGGAGUCUGAGUUCGACAAUUUUGAGGACUGGCUGCACACGUUCAACCUGCUGCGGGGCAAGACGGGGGAUGACGAGGACGGCUCCAGCGAGGAGGAGCGCAUCGUGGGCCGCUUCAAGGGCUCCCUCUGCGUGUACAAAGUGCCACUCCCAGAGGACGUGUCCCGGGAAGCCAGCUACGACCCCACCUAUGGCAUGUUCCAGGGCAUCCCUAGCAAUGAGCCCAUCAACGUGCUGGUCCGCGUCUAUGUGGUCCGGGCCACGGACCUGCACCCCGCAGACAUCAAUGGCAAAGCCGACCCCUACAUCGCCAUCCGGCUGGGCAAGACUGACAUCCGCGACAAGGAGAACUACAUCUCCAAGCAGCUCAACCCUGUCUUUGGGAAGUCCUUUGAUAUCGAGGCCUCCUUCCCCAUGGAAUCCAUGCUGACGGUGGCCGUGUACGACUGGGAUCUGGUAGGCACCGACGACCUCAUUGGGGAAACCAAGAUCGACCUGGAGAACCGCUUCUACAGCAAGCACCGCGCCACCUGUGGCAUCGCCCAGACCUACUCCAUACACGGCUACAAUAUCUGGCGGGACCCCAUGAAGCCCAGCCAGAUCCUGACCCGCCUCUGCAAGGAGGGCAAGGUGGAUGGCCCCCACUUUGGGCCCCCCGGGAGAGUGAAGGUGUCCAACCGCGUCUUCACCGGACCCUCUGAGAUCGAGGACGAGAAUGGUCAAAGGAAGCCCACAGAAGAGCACGUGGCGCUGUCCGCCCUGAGGCACUGGGAGGACAUCCCUCGCGUGGGCUGCCGCCUGGUGCCGGAACACGUGGAAACGCGGCCGCUGCUCAACCCUGACAAGCCGGGCAUUGAGCAGGGCCGCCUGGAGCUGUGGGUGGACAUGUUCCCCAUGGACAUGCCAGCCCCGGGGACGCCUCUGGACAUCUCCCCCCGGAAGCCCAAGAAGUAUGAGCUGCGGGUCAUCGUGUGGAACACGGAUGAGGUGGUCCUGGAGGACGAUGACUUCUUCACUGGGGAGAAGUCCAGUGACAUUUUUGUGCGGGGGUGGCUGAAGGGCCAGCAGGAGGACAAGCAGGACACAGACGUCCACUACCACUCCCUCACCGGCGAGGGCAACUUCAACUGGCGCUACCUGUUCCCCUUUGACUACCUGGCUGCCGAGGAGAAGAUCGUCAUCUCCAAGAAGGAGUCCAUGUUCUCCUGGGAUGAGACCGAAUACAAGAUCCCCGCGCGGCUCACCCUGCAGAUCUGGGAUGCUGACCACUUCUCCGCGGACGACUUCCUGGGGGCCAUCGAGCUGGAUCUGAACCGGUUCCCACGGGGCGCGAAGACAGCCAAGCAGUGCACCAUGGAGAUGGCCACGGGGGAGGUGGACGUGCCGCUGGUGUCCAUCUUCAAGCAGAAGCGCGUCAAAGGCUGGUGGCCUCUCCUAGCUCGCAAUGAGAAUGACGAGUUUGAGCUCACGGGCAAGGUGGAGGCGGAAUUGCAUCUACUCACUGCUGAGGAGGCGGAGAAGAAUCCGGUUGGCCUGGCCCGCAAUGAACCUGACCCCCUAGAGAAACCCAACCGGCCCGACACAGCCUUUGUCUGGUUCCUGAACCCCCUCAAGUCCAUCAAGUACCUCAUCUGCACACGGUACAAGUGGCUCAUCAUCAAGAUCGUGCUGGCGCUGCUAGGGCUGCUCAUGCUGGCCCUCUUCCUCUACAGCCUCCCCGGUUACAUGGUCAAGAAGCUCCUAGGAGCAUGAAGGCCCCUGGCCUCCCUGCAGCUCCUCUCCUGGGCCUAUGCGUUUGCCCCUCCUCUGGCAGGGGCUUUCCCGUCUCCCAGGGG